AGCAAUUUACUGCGUUAUGCCUUGCCAACUGUGAUAGUAAACGUGUUUUAUCGAAAUUGGAGUAAAAGAAAGAAAAUAAAGCUUAAUUAAUAUGACGUAUAUAUCUAAUUGGGACGAAUUUGCCAAAGCAGUGGAACGAAUAUAUUUAGCUGAUCCUAUGAAAUGUCGAUUCGUCAUAAAAUAUCGUCAUUGCGAUGGUGUUUUAAAGGUGAAGCUAACAGAUGACUCAGUGUGUGUACAAUAUAAAACAGAACAUGCUCAGGACAUAAAGAGACUGGAGAAAUUAACAAAUCAAUUAAUGAGGCAUAUGGCUUUAAAAGAAGGAAAAUAGCUGCUAUAAAGGAACCAUGCUGCCUUUAUUUUGAGAUCUUGAUUUGUACAAACUGCAAAGAAGCAACUUUUUUAAUGGGUGCUCUGGGAGAGGUGUCAGGAAGAUAUUUUCUUUUUUUUUUUUAAAGCAUUUACUUUUCUUUCCCUUUCUUUAUAUUAUGAUUUUUUUUUUUGUAGUUAUUCAAAAAUAUUUUCAUUUGGAAAUUAUCUAGUCUUUUCACAAUCAUGAAAACAUUUUCCUCUUCAACAAGUGUUGAAAACAAAUAAAGCAAAUAAGUUAAAAUUAUGAAGCUAGUCUGCAAUAAUUUUUAUAUGUAAAAAUUAAUUUUUUUCAUAUCUAAAAUUUUUCUUCCAUUUACAAUUCUGUCCUUAUACUUUAACCAGAUUUGCAUCCAGCAACUAAACUAAAAUUGUGUUAAAAAAAAAAUAUCAUAAAUAAUGGUAAUAAAAAAUACUGAUGGUAUAUUACCUGAAAAUAAUCAAAGUUUGUUAAACUUUUCCUUAUUUAAAAAAAAAGAAGACAUGAUAUUUCUAAAACAUUCUGGAAUGAGAAAAUCAUUUCAUCAAUUGUUUUCCUCUUCUGCAACAUGAAUCAAUUCUCAAAAGGAUGAUUGAAUGAUUGUUUUGUAUCAUGCAACCAUAAAAUAAAGAUUCCAUCAUUUUA